AUAUAAACUCUAGAUAAGGAUCUGACAUAUUUAAAGUUUAUUUGCAUAUUUAAAAAACAUUAUAAGAGUGAAUAAUGACUGUGUACUUCAACAAAUUAUCUAUUAGUACCCAAGAAGGUGAACCAAUGUUAAUGACUUCUUUUGAAGAACAGAAAGGGAUGCCUCAUCUUGUAUCUAUAUUUGAUACCCAGUAUUUUAGAAAGUGGACCGAGAUACCACGAGGAUUAUCGUUUCAUCAUAAGAUGGAGACAAUCAUAAAAGAACUACAGAGUGAAAAGUUUGGUUUGUUUCAAGCAAUGAAAGUCAGACGGCCUGUCACUGCAUUUACAGGGUAUGAUUUAGUACAAUGGUUGAGGAAGAGGUUUGAUAUGGAGGAGCAGAGAGAGGCCAUUCAUUUAUCACAAUUGUUAUGUCAGUAUGGAUAUAUCUACCCACUGGACUUGAAAAGUUACAGUAUAAAGGAGGACAGAUCAGUAGAAUACAGAUUCCAGAAACCAUUUUAUUGGCCAUUCAGUAGUCAAGUAUCAACAGACAGUAUAGAAUAUGCAAUUUAUCUUCAGAAGAGAAGCAUGAGAAAUAAACAGAAACAUGGCUUGGAACCCUAUGAGCAGGAAGCAUUUGAUAAAUUACUGAAAGUCUACUGUGAUAAAAAGGAAUUUAUUGAGAAACAAGCAACAGAACAGGUUGAUGAAAUAAAGAAAAAGAAGAGAACUGAGAAGAUAAUAUUUGACCAACAAGAGAGGGCAUUCUGGAGAAUACAUCGACCACCACCUGGAUGUGUGAAAAAUUUAGAAGAGGGACCAAAGAAAAAUUUCCUACCACAACAAAUCAUAGCAAGAAAGAAGACAAAGGAAGCUUUGCGUAAAGAGAUUGCAUUCUUAAAGAAAUCAUUUGGACGACCUAGAAUGAAGUUUUCUAUGGUGUUUGAGUCGUACAAAUUACGAUGGGAACAGUAUAAAGAAUUUGAUCCUUUCAUGGAUGUUUCAGCAACCCAACCAUCAAAUCCUUGGAUGUCUGAUGAAACUAUGUUGUGGGAAAUCAAUUCUCCAGAUGUUCACAUUCCUACCGAUUCCAGAAUGAGGAAAUGGGCUAUAAGUUUUUAUGAACUAAUUAAUGACCCUCGUGGACAAUGUGAAUUUGAUGAAUAUUUACAAAAAGAAUAUAGUCAUGAAAAUUUACAUUUCUGGUGUGCUGUGGAAAAUUAUAAAUGUUGUCCAAGAUCUCGACAGAAAGAAGAAAUGAAUAAUAUAUAUAAAAUAUAUUUAGAGAAAGGAUCUAGAAGUGAAGUUAAUGUAGAUAGUAAAACAUUAGAUCAAGUCCACCAAAAUAUGAGAUCCAGUUCAGAAUCCAAUGCAAAAGCUCGUUAUGUAUUUGAACCUGCACAAGAACAUAUAUAUGUAUUAAUGAAAAAAGAUAGUUAUCCAAGAUAUCUACGAUCAGAUCAGUUUAAAGACUUAAUGGAAAAAGCCAAACAACAACCUCUUACAAAACGCAGAUUUUUCUUUGGAGGACCAAAGAAACGACCUUCAACACCAAGUCCAAAGAUAAAUCGUCGUCAUGGUAGUUCUUCCAGUGAUAGGGAUGUGAGUUCAGACAUCAGUGGAGAAUCAUCACCAGUCCAUGUGGCACAUCAUUCGUUCAGCACAGGAAAUCUACAGGAUUUAGAUUCACACAAAUCCUCACGAACUAAUUCAAGAGAAAAGGACAAACCGAAACCACAAAUUGUUCACUUGGAAACAAGCGGUCUUUCACCAGGAUCUGUACGGCGACGAUCAGAGGAACCAACUAGAAUGAGUGUAAAUAGUGGAAUCAAUCGUCGGAAGAGCAAUCUGGAAGUCCCUAAACACUAUGGAGUUAAUGUAGAUAAACGGAAAAUGGAGGUUACACAAACUAAAAGUUUAAAUGUACCAAAGACAAACAGUGUUGCACCAUGGGAAGGGUCACAAUAAUUUUAUAGUUCUUUAGAAUAGAAAACAAUUAACUGUGGAGUUUUUAAUUUCAAUUGCUUUAUUCUCUCUAGUCAGACAGAAAGUGAAUAGCAAAAUACUAGUCCAGAUUUUUUCAGAUUAUUUAAGCAUAGUUUAGAUUAUUAUAAAAACCUGUUAUGUUUCAAUAUCUGGGUAUAUAUUAAAGACAAAGAGGAGUUUAUUUACCAUUUUAGUUUGAGGUUUUUCAGAGAUUUUUUUUUCAGGUAAGACAAUAUAGAUAUAAAAAUAGUUAAAAUUAUUUUUACUUUUAUUUGAUCAUAUUGUCAAGACGAUAGCAAAUUGAAUAUGAUACUGGCUGAUAAUUCAGGUCAUUCAGUACAUGUCAACGAAAUGCAUGAACAAAUUAUUGGAAUUGUGGGUAAUAUAAAAUAAAAAAUAAUUUGGUCUAACAAAUUUCCAUCAAGGAUUUUUCUUUAUCGAUGUUUAAAGUUUAAAAGCACAAUUUUACAGUCCUUUUCAGAUCCACAACUCUUUAGGGAAAUUGACAUUGUUAGUUGAGUUUUUAUCCUGUUUCUAGAUACUUGAGGUAGAAAGUUAGAAACAAAUCUGUAUGUGUUUAUGUAGCUCCUUGUUGGCACAAUAGACCUCACUACUUAAUCAAAUCUGAAUAGAAUAAUUCCCAUGAGAAGAUUACAUAGUCAAAUAUUUCUAUAUAUCACUUCUCUGAUUUUGCUAUGCAUUUAAACAAAUUUUAAAACCCACAAUCUAGAUCUAUUUAGCUGUAACCAACUUGUAUUUCGUAUCAUUUAAAAACCAUUAUUUCAGUGUAAGGAUCUUUCAAACCAUAUGAAAAUUACAGAUGACCUUUAUAUUAGGCUGAAGUUUUCAUUAAAGUCUGCAAGUAAUUGUGGGGACCAACACAAAAUACAUCUGUCACCAUUGUUUUCAUUUUGCCAGAAAAAGAUUUUAUAAUGCAAGGAAAUCUGAUGCAAAGUAAUGAGAAAAGUUAUCCUGAUCUUUUGGCUCAGAUGAGCGGAAAAUUAUACUAGAUAUCCUUGCUGACCAACUGACAUGGCUUUUUGUACAUAAAAUUGAACAUAAGGGUGAGGUUUUUUUUUAAAUUCUGAAAAUCCUAUAUAAGGCCAAUAGAGCUACCAAACUUUAAGUAAAUGAUACAUUUUCUAUCAAAAAGGCCAAAAUGCUCUUAUGUUCUUUUGGAAAUUGUGAAAAUGAAUAUUCAAUAUUUUAAUAUACAUGUAUAUGACUGAGAUGAAAAUUACCAAAGAAACUUUAUAAUGACAAGUCUUUAGUAUGCCUCAUCAAAGUAUAUGUAUAUAGAAUAACAUAAACCUUCUUAUUGCUGUCAAUAAAUAAUAUUAAUGUAUAAAUAACCGUUCCAUGACAAGUAUUACACGAAAAGUGCUCACUUCUAUCCUAUUUGUGACUAUAAAUUAACCUAUCUUUUUUUAAAUAAAAUUUCUGAUAUCAUAACAGAACAUUAUUUUUGUAAGGAUGUUUUGACUGUUGUAAAAAAGCCCACAUUAUUAUUUUUGAAAAUGUCAUUGAUUAUCAGAAAUAGUACACAUUGGAGGGCCCUACAUAUGUAUUUUUGGGGAAGUUGGGAAUUCCCAUAUGAAUUUUAUGCAAUUGCAGUUCUUAAUUAAAAUGAUUUUCCACAUAAUGACAAUGCAGAAAUCCUGCUCAAUAUCUAUUUAAAAUUGAUAUGAAUUAGUGCUCUUGAAAUUUGAUAUUUUUUGGUAAAAAAAGGAAGAUUUUUUUCCCAAAAAUAUGAAGUAUGUGCCAUAUUUGACAACUGUGUGUGUUUUAUUUUUACAAGAAAAAAAUCAAAAUAACCUACAACAUUUUUUUUCUUGUCCAAAAUUUCUUCAAAAUCUUAAAAAUAAUUCGUACAUAUGAAUAUUACAGAAAUUUUGGCAUAUGGGUUAAUGUUAUGAAAUUCUUAAGGAUUUCUAGAUUGUUAAUAUCUCAAUUGUUUCAAGGAAAUCUUAUUGAUUUUUGCACUUGUAUGUAAAUUUACUAUUAAGACUGUACAGUAGUGUCACAAGUUUAAAGAUAAAACCAUUUAUAUUUUAAUUUUUAUGCUCAUUUACCUCUUAUAUAGAUAUUCAAGUAUUUUAUUAUUGUAUAUGUUACUCACAUGAAAACUGACACCGUCUUGUAGCACAGGCACAGAACAUGUAGUUGGUCACUAAAUGUUUUUCUCCAAAUAACAAAAUUUUAUCAAGCUCACAUAGGUCACAUUUAAGAUUUUGAAAUUACAAAGGUUUUUUUAUUAUACCAGAUUCUUACAAUACUUCUGAUACAAGCUAAUUCAGUGAUAUAAUAUUUCUUAUUCACAAACUAUUUCUCUUAUCAGUCAAAUUUUUGCAGCUUAUAGUGCUCGUAGAAUUUUUUUAACAAAUUCUGUAAACAAGAAAGACCACUCUGUAUGUGUCUGUUUAGUAACUAAUUAACGCAGUAAUAUCACAUUAACAUAAUUACCUUUUAAGCCUAGAUACAAUUUACUGACCAACCUGACAAUAUAAAUUAGGGAAAAGCAUUUGAAAAAUCCAAAAUUUCAAUUUGUUGUCGAAAGUUCUGAAAAUUCUGUACUGUCAUUUAUUUUUAAGCUAUUAUUAAAGAGAUGUUUAGACUUCAUUACUUAUUUGUGACCAAAGUUCUGAAUUAUUCCACAGUGCACAAAGUAGGACAAGGGACUUUUUAUUAAACUAUUGUGAUACAUACUAUAAGCCAUAAAAUGUUGAUCAAUUUAUACAAGUUUAUUUUCAUUUGUUAUGUUAGAAUUGAAAUGUUUUUUUAUGUUUUGAUAGAAUUUAUUGUUGAUUUUUUGUUUUUGGUAUGUCAGAAAACAUUGUGUGGAUGGUAUAAUUAUUGUUGAAAAUGGUCAACUGUAACAGAUGAUCCAAAUAAGUAUGUUUAUUAUUGGGCCAUCUAUUGUGAAGACAGAAUGUCAUUACUAUUUUUCCUCAUAUUGUCACCAAAUGAUAACAUAUUUCAAUGCCACAUUUUUAAAACCAACCGAUUGUGUAAAUGUCGCUAAAAUAAGGUUCAUUUGCAAGGUGACCUAGUUAGGCGUUUAUUAGCCUCCAGACUUAAUCUGAAUACUGAUUGUUCACUCAACACCAAACCUUUUAUGUAAACAUCCUCAGUAAUAAACAUAAAAAAUUGUUCACAUUUAAUUAAACCAUUAUGGUUCUGUGAUGGUUUAAAAUUUGAUUUUCUUUGGAACUACAAUUUCUUAAAUGCAUGCCCUUUUUAGCUCACUGUUCUGAAGGAAGUGUGAGCUUUAGCCAUCACUUGGCGUCCGUCGUUGUCAUCCGUCGUCGUCGUCCGUCUGGUGUAAACUAUUUCAAACAUCUUCUCCUCUGAAACUACUGAACCAAAUCCAACCAAACUUAAGCUGAAUGAUCCUUAGGGUAUCUAGAAUAAAGUUUGUGUUUUAUUUUCUGUUUUGUCAAAAAACAUGGCUGCCAUGGCUUAAAAUAGAACAUAGGGGUAAAAUGCAGUUUUUGGCUUAUAUCUAAAAAACCAAAGGAGUUAGAACAAAUCUGACAAGGGGUAAAAGUGUUCAUUAGGUGAAGUUCUAUCAGCCCUGAAAUUUUCAAAUGAAUCUAAUAACCCAUUGUUGGGUCGCUGCCUCUAAAUUGGUAAUUUUAAGAAAAUUUUGCAGUCUUUGGUUAUUAUCUUGAAUAGUAUUAAUGAUAAAGAUAAACUGUAAACAGCAAAUAUGUUCAGCAAAGUAAGAUCUACAAAUAAGUUUUAUAUGACCAAAAUUGUCAAUUGACCCCUUAAGGAGUAUUGCCCUUUGAGGACAAUUUUACACAAUUUGUAUAUCAUGUUUUCUAACUUUAAAAAAAUCUUCUCCUCUGAGACUACUGAACCAAUUCCAACCAAACUUAAGCUGUAUGAUCCUUAGGGUAUCUAGAAUAAAGGUUGUGUUUUAUUUUCUGUUUUGUCAAAAAACAUGGCCGCCAUGGCUAAAAUUAGAACAUAGGGGUAAAAUGCAGUUUUUUGGCUAAUAUAUCUCAAACACUUAAGCAAUUAGAGCAAAUCUGAUGAGAGCUUAAAAUGUUCAUUAGGCCAAGUUCUAUCAGCCCUGAAAUUUUCAGACAAAUCUAACAGUCCAUUGUUGGGUUGCUGCCAUUAAAUUGGUAAUUUUAAGGAAUUUUGCAGUUUUUGGUUUUAACUUGAAUAUUAUUAAUGAUAAAGAUAAACUGUGAAAAGCAAAAAUGUUCAGCAAAGUAUGAUCUACAAAUAAGUUAAUAUGACCAAAAUUGUGAAAUGUGUCCUUAAGGAGUUAUUGCCCUUUAAAGACAAUUUUUCACAAUUUGUUCAUCUAGUUUGCUUACUUUAAAAAAUCUUCUCCUUUAAAACUGCUGAAUCAAUUUCAGCCUUACUUGGGCUGAAUGAGUUUCAGAGUAUCUAGUAUAAAUUUUGUAUUUUAUUUUCUUUUUCGUCAAGAAACAUAGCCACUAUGGCUAAAAUGGAACAUAAGGGUAAAAUGUAUUUCUAUGCUUUUGAAGAAAAUAUGACAGAUACAAAGAACAUCUCAAUGGAAUUUUUAAGCCACUCAUUAAUAUAUAUUAAAAAACAAAAAUAAUCAUUGAUGAAAGAUUUAAGCAAAAAAUUACAGGUGAGCGAUUCAGGCUCUUGAGAGCCUCUUGUUUUUUUUAACUUUUUAUAAAAUAUAUUUUACACUACAUCAUUAUUAUAUAAUGUUUUUAAUUUUUUGAUAAGGUCAUUUAAAUUUAACAUGAAUUGAUAAAUUGACAUUGAAAUAUUAAAAUUCAGCGACUAGAUGUAUUACCAAGCAUAAUUAUUACUGUUUGAAUUAUAUAAAGUACUAUACACUAUUCCAUUGUUAUAUAAUUCAAGAUAAUUAAUGUAUGAAUGUGUUGGUACGUGCUUGUUAUAUCUGAUUAAUAUUUUUUUAAUUUUGUACAAAGUAAAUCCCAUUGAGUUAUAUGCUAAUAUUUUUAGAAAUGAUUUUAAUUUUAGAAAGUUUGCCUAUGGAAAUGUUUUAUAUUUUUACCCAGAUUUGAUUUUGUAUAAAAUAUGUUAUAUUAAACUGAUAUUCUGAAACACAUCAAUUGUUAUGAACUAAUUUAGAAUGAAUAAAACAUUUAAAAAAUCACAAAA